AUGGCUAUUGGAAAACAAAGUACAAGCAAAACAGCUAAGAAAGAAGUGAUUGAAGAUCCUGGAAGAGGUGCUAGGGUCAGUGGAAAGUGGUGGAAGAAAGAGAAGAAAGUUUUCAGAAUAAGGUCAUUAGGAGUGCAUAGUUCCUGGAAGGACAGAGAAGAACAAAAAUUAAAAGACGGGCAAUUCAAGGCCAAACUCAAAGAGCUGAAAGAAGAAAAAGAGGGCGAGAGAAAAGCCAAGAUUGAUAGAAUUAAAGAAAGAAGAGAGAAGCAGGAAGAGAAGGAAAGAUAUGAAAGACUUGCCACUAAGAUGCAUAGAAAGAAGCUUGAGAGACUCAAGAGAAGAGAGAAGAGGAACAAGAUGCUCAGUGAGCGCUAA